GUACGGCAGGAAGUGGAUCAGGGUGGAGAGGACCAGAGAGAAGCAGAUGGUGGAUCUGCACACUGGAACACCUUGGGAGUCUGUCACCUUCACUGCUUUAGGGAGAGACAGACAGAUUUUCUUUAACAUAUUACAAGAAGCAAGAGAACUGGCCCUGAAACAGGAAGAGGGACGCACAGUGAUGUACACAGCCAUGGGUGGGGAAUGGAGACCCUUUGGGUUUCCACGGCGACGCAGACCCCUCAGCUCUGUGGUCCUGGAUGAGGGCGUGGCUGAAAGGAUCGUUGAUGAUGUGAAGGACUUUAUCGGAAAUCCCAAGUGGUACACAGACAGAG